CGCGCCCGCCCCAAAUCCACCUCGGACGCCUGCCUGGAGCAGUGGCGGGCGCUGGAGCCGGCCGACACGCGGGACUGGACCGUGGCACUGCUGUCACAGAGCCGGAACCGGCAGCCCCUGGUGCUGGGCGACAACUGCUUCGCUGACCUGGUGGAGAACUGGAUGGACCUGCCUGAGGUGGGAGCCGAACCCCGGCACCGAACCACUGCCGAGCCCUCCCGCCGGCUGGCCAAGCCCCCCGCCUUCCUGCUCAGCCUUUCGGGCAACGUCCGCCGUAAGCUGGCCAACAUGGCCCGGCCCCGGGGGGCUGAGGGUGCCCGGCCGGGGGGCCGUGAAGCCACCAAGCGUUUCUCCUGCCCGCUGGGACUGGGGGGGCAGCCCAAGGGCGCCUGCUUCCACCAGUCCCACAGCAACAUCGCCCAGCUGGCCACGGACUUCCACCGCUUCACCGCCCUCAUGAACAGCCGCAGCCGCCAGCCCAUCAUCUGCAACGACGUUAUCGGCUACAUUUAG